UCUCAUCCACGACGGCCGGGAACGUCACGAGACGCAGAAUGUCCAACCGCGUGGAGCAUCCCGCCGGGGGUUACAAGAAGCUGUUUGAAACCGUAGAGGAGCUGGCGACCCCGAUGAGCGUCCACGUUACCGGUCGCUUGCCCCCUUGGCUAUCAGGAAGCCUCCUGAGAUGCGGACCUGGGCUCUUUGAAGUUGGAUCUGAAUUCUAUUAUCAUCUGUUUGACGGGCAGGCGCUUCUGCACAAGUUUGAGUUUAAAGAUGGGCACGUUACGUAUCAUCGCAGGUUUGUUCGGACUGAUGCGUACGUCAGGGCAAUGACGGAAAAGCGAAUCGUUAUCACAGAAUUCGGCACGUUUGCGUUCCCAGAUCCAUGCCGGAAUAUAUUUUCCAGGUUUUUUUCAUACUUCAAAGGCUUGGAGGUGACGGAUAACGCGUUAGUGAACGUCUAUCCCGUCGGGGAAGAUUAUUACGCAUGUACAGAAACCAACUACAUUACGAAGGUGAACCCAGAAACCCUGGAAACCAUUGAAAAGGUGGAUUUGUGCAACUACGUCGCCAUUAACGGGGUCACGGCGCACCCUCACAUCGAAAACGACGGCACCGUCUAUAAUAUCGGGAAUUGCUUUGGGAAGUACUUUGCGUUUGCUUACAACGUCAUAGUGAUCCCUCCGCUGCAGGCAGACAAAGAGGAUCCGAUCAGGAAAGCCAAGGUCGUUGUCCAGUUUCCGUGCAGCGAUCGCUUCAAGCCGUCCUACGUUCACAGCUUCGGAAUGACCCCAAAUUACUUAAUCUUCGUAGAACAACCGGUAAAAAUCAAUCUGAUCAAAUUCCUGUCGGCUUGGAGUAUCUGGGGAGCCAAUUACAUGGAUUGCUUCGAGUCUCACGAAACUAUGGGGACGUGGAUCCACGUGGCAGAGAAGCACACCGGUGAAUACCUGAAUAUCAAAUACCGGACAUCGGCAUUCAACGUUUUCCAUCAUAUUAAUACGUAUGAGGAUAACGGCUUCCUGGUUGUGGAUCUCUGCUGCUGGAAAGGGUUUGAGUUCAUUUAUAAUUAUUUGUAUUUGGCCAAUUUACGGGAUAAUUGGGAAGAAGUGAAGAAGCACGCGGAGAAAGCACCGCAGCCGGAGGUCCGCAGAUACGUGCUGCCUCUCGAUAUCCGGAAGUCCGACGCCGGAAAGAACUUAGUAUCGCUGCCCUAUACCACGGCGACCGCCACCCUGCGCAGCGAUGACACAAUUUGGCUCGAACCAGAAGUUCUGUUCUCAGGACCUCGCCAAGCCUUUGAAUUCCCCCAAAUCAACUAUAGGAAGUACGGGGGGAAGCCGUAUUCGUUCGCCUACGGCCUGGGACUGAAUCAUUUUGUUCCUGACAGGCUCUCUAAACUGAAUGUCCGAACCAAAGAGAUCUGGGUAUGGCAGGAGCCAAACACCUAUCCCUCUGAGCCGAUAUUUGUAUCCAGUCCGGAUGCCCUGGAGGAGGAUGAUGGAGUGUUGCUCAGUGUGGUUAUUGGCCCCGGCGCGGGGCAGAAACAGUCGUUUCUGCUGAUUUUGGAUGCCAAGGAUAUGAGUGAAAUCGCCCGAGCCGAGGUGGACACCAACAUUCCGGUCACGUUCCAUGGAAUGUUCCGACGAGUUUGACCGGCAGCUUCCGAAAUGUGUAAAACCCGGCUUCUCGGAGCGUAGUAUUUACAGGGAGAGGUCGCUCUCCGACGCGUCAUUCAUUCCCGUGGAUUCUGCGUCCGCUGCAGCUUCCGCAGAAAUAAAACGCCAUCAGAGAUGCGCCUGCAGCCGCCAGCCAACAGAUGCAGAACCCGGAACAACGUACUCCGCGCCGGUGUAUGAAGCAGACGGCAACCUAGUUCCGUUUAUAUGUGACCUGCGUGUAAAACCGACAUCGUCUGAUAAAAAAACCCCCAAAAAACGAGAAUUUCUAUUAGGAGAAAAAUUGCAUUUACAUAUAACUAAAUGUAAUUUUCUUUUUGUAAUGUUGCUGGGUAACGGUUAUUGUGUCUCGUGAUAUCAGGCAACAAAAAAAAAGAAAUAAUUCUAUAAAACCUGCCUGAUGAUUGAA